AUGGCGACAGCAAGUUUUGCGGCUAGCACGGCUAGCUUAAGCGCCGCCAAGGCCAUGGGCCUACCAGUGGACCUUUGGGAGAGCAGGCUUGAGAAGCUUCUGGACAAGAAGCUGGCAGAGUACCUCGUACAUGCUGACACGAAUCAGACCGUCAUCGCAUACUUAGAGCAAAUUGCUGGGGCCAUGGAAGCAUUGGCAGAGCCGCAGAAAUCCCCAGAUCGCCACUCCCCAUCCUCACCGGCAAGACCAACUUCACCGAAGGAGCCCCGGCCUACGAAGCCCCGGCGACCAGUGGCCUCAAUACAGAGCCUGGUGGAGUUGGAGAGCGCCUUCUUGCAAGAGGUCUGCGAUGUUGGGUCCGUUCGGUCCGAGCGUCGAAGUAUCCGCAGUCCGCUUCCGGAGGCUCCUACCGUCUCGGCACCUGAGUCCCGCAAUUGCCUAGCGCCACCGGAUGCUCCGGACGGAAUCAUACCCGGACUUCUCAACUCACAGGCCGAAGAUGCAGAUUUCCAAGCCAUUCAGCAAAAGGUGCCGCAGACUUCACAAAAGCGCUUGCGACUUCGCGGCUCGAACCUUGUCAUCAUGAACCAAGAGUCGCAAGCCAACAUCCUGGACUCGCAUACACAGACACACCUCAGCUUCGAGGAGCCAAACCCCGCGGAGCUGGACAAAGGAUCCAGGCUGCUCUUGGCACUCCCAGCCUGCUUCUUUUGGGCUGCUGGCAUCCCUGUCUUCAUUCUGUCGGCUGUGCUCGUGCUUCUGCAGACCGUGACAGAUGCGGGCAAGACAGCUCAGUCUUUGAGUUUCAGCCUGGCCUCUAGUUUGCUGUAUGGUUUGGUGGCAACAUUCUGCGUCGCACGUUUGCGGGGCGCGUUGCUGUCAGAGGACUUGAACCUGGCAGUGGAUCGUCUGCACCUGUUCGUCGCGGACUUCAAGCUGCAUUGGAGCGAAGUGAGUGGCCAAGAAUGGCGCAAGUACGUUGUGGCCUGGCUUUGUCUCGUCUUGUGCGGCCUGGGGCAAUUUGGCUUGGAAAUCUGGAUCAGUCAGCAGGACAUCGAACUACCGCUCACUGAUGAGUGGGAGGGUAUUUGGGCGAUAUAUGCUGUGAAACUCACGCUGUUGCUGUGCUUUGCAGUGUCCAGCGCAUCCUUGAUGGUGAUUACGUACGUGCAGUCUCAUCUCCUGCUGGGACUGGACAAAGUCUUGGAUUGUUGGUGCGGGCAGAUCGUUGAGUGCCCCGAUUUCAUCGAGUGCGUGAGCAGCUGGAACGCGAUGCAGGCACUGCUCAAAUGCGUUGGCCGAGAGCUUGCUGGUGGCUUUGUGGCUCUGCAAGCAGUGGGAGCUGUUGGCUUUGCCUUUUUUCUAGGAGGGGCAGUGAGCUUCGCAUUUCGGACUGACUUCUAUCUCGAGAGCUUGUUGGCGGAGAUUCUUGCCGCUGUGCCAUUGCUCUUCCUCUUCAUUCUGAACAUGCGUGUGUGUGCUCACGGGGCCGCAUUGACUGAGAAGCUCGGCAGGGAUUACGAGAUGCUCACCACAGGCUGA